CGUACGUCGCCGCGCCUAGCAGGGUUGCCGGCCAGCACAAUAUUUAAUUUUCCAUGGCAACGGUCGCUGCUUCUCUACUGCUAGCCUUCCUCGUCGCCGGCACGGCCGGCGCCGUCACGUUCGAGGCGACGAACAACGCGUCGACGACCGCCGGCGGCCAGCGCUUCGACCGGGAGUACGGCGUGGGCAACGCGACGCGGGUCCUCUCGGAGGCCUCCUUCUUCAUCUGGAAGGUCUUCAACCAGACGGAGGCGGACCGCCGGCCCGUCGACCACGUCGCCCUCACCGUGGUGGACGACACGUUCGGCGGCGUCGCGUCCACCAGCGGCAGCGCGAUCGAGCUCAGCCAGCGCUACGUCGGCGGUUACACCGGCGACCUGCAGGCGGAGCUGACGGGGGUGCUGUACCACGAGGCGACCCACGUGUGGCAGUGGGGGCUGCAGGACUACGAGGCGCACUGGUGGGUCUUCGAGGGGGUCGCCGACUUCGUCAGGCUGAGGGCCGGGCUUGGGCCGGCGCACUGGGUGGCGCCGGGGCAGGGGAGCAGCUGGGACAAGGGGUACGACGUGACGGCGAGGUUCCUCGACUACUGCGACUCGCUGAUCAAGCCCGGGUUCGUCGCGGAACUGAACGCCGUCAUGAAGGACAACAGGUACAGCGACGACUACUUCGUGCAGAUCCUGGGAAAGAGCGUGGAGGAGCUGUGGAAUGACUACAAGGCCAAGUACGGGGCUUGACCCA